AACCAUCUUAUAUUUACCUAAGUUGAAUAAAAGUAAUCAUGUCUGGUCGCGUUGGAAUACUCACAGAAUUUAAUUAUGAAGAUCUUGAGCUGUGGUACCCGUACUACCGUCUACGAGAGGAGGGCUAUGACACGUUUACGAUAGGACCAGAGAAAGGCAAGACAUACAACUCCAAACAUGGCUACCCUUGUAAGGCGGAGGAGGGCAUCGAUAAUGUCAAAGCGGAGGAACUGGCCGGCCUGAUCAUUCCUGGGGGUUUCGCUCCCGACUACUGGAGGAGAGACGCACGCUUUUUGGAUCUCGUCAAGGCUAUUUAUGAGUCAGGUAAACCUGUCGCUGCGAUAUGCCACGGCGCUUGGAUGUUCUGUUCCGCUAAGAUUCUGAAAGACAAGAAAGUUACAUGCUUUGUUGCAAUCAAAGAUGAUGUGGAAAACGCUGGGGCUCGGUACGAGGACUCUCCGGUUGUAGUGGAUGGCAAUAUGAUUACGUCACGAUUACCAAAGGAUUUACCAGAUUUCUGUAAAGCUAUCAUAAGUCAGCUGAAAAAGUAAAGGUCUAUCAGUUGUCAAACAAAAAAUGUUUUUGGUAACCUAUGAAUAACAUUUCUGUUUUUUAUUUCAUUUAUUUUUAAUUUCGAUUUGAUAACUGUAAAUGAACGCAUCUUCGGAAUACUUAGAAACUUGGAUAUAAAGUGUAUGUGCGUAAUUACCUUACGGCAGCCUAUAUUUGAUAUGCAUGUCUAACACACUUGUUGCAGCAUUCUUAUCAUAAAGGCAUUAAAGAGAGAAAAACAUGUUUUGAUAAUAAAAAAUGUGUUUUUAAUCAUAACAGAUUUCUGUCAAUGAUAAACAUUUCUCAUCUCA